AUGACCUUCGCCGCUCGCCAACUUCAGGAAAAGUACCGGGAGAUGCUGACGCACCUCUGCUCCAAUUUUUUAGAUCUGACGCAAGCCUUUUACAAGGUGAAUCGUGACGGACUGAGGGAAAUCUUGCAGAAACUCGGCUGUCUCGAACGAUUCACCCAGACGGUGCGUCAGCUCCACGAUUGCAUGAUGGCGCGCGUCACGGACAAUGUGGCUGUCUCAGAGGCAUUGGCAGUGACACACGGAGAUAAGGAGGGUUGCGCCCUCAAGUCUACUCUUUUCAGUCUCAUGCUCUCUGCCGUGAUGAUGAACGCCUAUCUGCGACAACUUCGGCCUGGGUAUCAAUAG